CCCAAGACGGUGGUGUGGUAGUCACGAUGGGAUAGGCAUGCGUAGGUACUGGGGAGCUGGCGCUUUCCAGCGACAAGAAUGUUGGGAUAGUGUAUGUUGACGACCAUGGAUUAUACGACCGUCACUGCCGUCCUCAAUAUAUAAGUCGACCGUCAUGCCGUCCAUCAGGUAUUUUCUCCUCGCAUUCACCACUAAUCACUUCUACAUCUCGGUGUAACACAAUAUACCUUCAUCAUGCGUCCCUCAACCAUCGCUUCCGUUCUCGCCUUGACUGGUGCUGCCAUUGCUCAGUCCAACUACCCCAACCAGUCUGCACCUUUCAAUCUCCAAUUUAUCUCCGACGAUGACGAAAGCCUGAACGGUACAUACAUCGGCGCGUGUCACACAGGCGCAGCUAUAGAGUCUCUCUGCACUCUCGGGUCCAGCAACAGGAACAACUACUAUCUCAAUUACACCAUGUACCCCAGCGAGAACGUUGGCCUCUUGACUUGGAACCUCGUCGGCAACGGCUUCGUUGCUAGCAGUCCCAUGAACAUCUUUUACUCGAUUGGCACGGACGUGGCUCAGCUACUGCUCCAGCCCUCGUCCAACGGUCUCCAUGUUACUUUUGACGACAACAACAAGAUGGCUAUUUCGAACUCGAUCGAUGAUACUGUUACGCCACCCAAGUACAUCACUCCUGCCGAACUGCUCUACAGAUGGCAUGUAUGUUUGACGAACUACCUUGGGUAUAACUACAACACACUCACGUGGGUCUUGGGCAACGACAAGCCGCAAAAUCCCAGCUGCAAGAAAGUCGAUGUGCUAAGGACAUUUGUCUAAGCAAUGAGUAUUUGAGGAUGGACGACGGUAUAGAAGCUUUACACCCAUGGUUCGAAGUUUUGAUAGCCCUGGCCCGUAAUAUGCGACGGUGAAUAAGGAAAUGGCUCCAAACGAGCCCGAGAUAAUUUACCUUGAGGCGGACGGUGACGACUCUUGCACAUGAACCUGUAACGUAUGGCUGAAGACAGCACUAUUAAUAAUUAAUACGAAG